AUUAUCAAAUUUAAAAUCAUUAUUUAUCGGCUAAGAAAAUUAAUCGAACAUUUUGGGCAAUAGAAAUUUUAGAAAAAUAAAAUAAUAACAAUAAAUUGAUACAAUUAAUUUGAAUUGCACGCGAUAAAAUAAUGCCUAUAAUUAUUGAUUUCAACGGUUAUUUUCUCCCAGAUAAUAAAUUUAUGAUAAAAGAAUAUUCAUUACUUCUUAUUAACAAAAACGGUAAAGAGAAAUUCAAUGAUAUUGAAGUAACGGAACCUUUGCACGAAUGGGAAGAAUUAGAUGAAUUGACUAAAAAAAAUUAUAAAACCAAAUUUUACAGUAGAUUUGGUAUCGAUUGGACAACCGGUACAGAAGAUUUCGGAAUCAUUCAGAACCGUAUUAUUGAAUUCUUGACAAAAACAAAACUUGUUUAUGUACGUGAUAAUAAACAAAAAGAUUUAUUAAUUAAUUUUCUCGAUACAAAAUUAGAAAAUGAAUUCGUUUCGUUAGUUGAUGAUUUGGGAUAUGAUGAACGAUUGAAAAUGUCAACUAACUGCCAUUAUCAUAACGAACCUUAUAAAAAUAAUUGUGCAAAUGACAACGUCAUUGCGAUAUUCAAAUGGUUAAAGAAAACUAAGUCCUACAAAAAACUUGAAAACACGAAAAAUCAUGUUGUUGUUGAUUUUAAUGGCUUUUAUAUCCCGAUCAAUAGAUUUGUUAUCAAGGAAUUCAAUGCUUUUGUUAUCGACGAUGUUCAAAAUGUUUUUCAGAAUAAAAAUAAUAAAUAUUUUAUUACUAAAAAACCUAUAGAAUUGAAAGAAUUGCCGUUCGAUUAUCGAUCAUUCUAUGAAAGUUUUUAUGAAACAUUUGGAAUUGACUGGAAUAUUGGUGAUUUCGAAUUCCGUAAACAUCAAAAAGAUUUAAGAAACUAUUUUCAUAAGGCAGUUAAUAUUUAUGUAAGAAAUAAUGGUAAUAAAAAAUUAUUAUUGGAAAUAAUUGGUCAUGAACACGAAAAUAAAAUAAUUGUUUUACAAAAAUUUGGAUAUCGUGUACAACCGCGAAUGGAAACUUUGUGUCCUUAUCAUAAAGAUAAGUUUAAAAAUAAUUGUGCAGUAGAUAACUCAGAAAAUAUGGUAAGGUGGAUUAAUAGAAAUAAAAAAAUAUUAAAUAUUACCGAUUUAAAAAAAUGAAUAAAAUUUAAAUCUAUGGCAUUUUUGAUAUUGAGAAAUUUAUUGAGAGUAAAAUUUUGUUAAAUUUGAUUUUAUUUUUU